AUGGUCGGCACUAAACCAAACGCCUAUCUUACCGAAGAAGCCCGUCUCGAAGCUCAGCGCCGCAUGCUAGCAGAGCGCUAUGGCCUUCUUUCCGAUGACUCGGACGACGGUGAGACCCCAAUUGCAGGAGACCAAGACGACGACUACCCAGUCAACGGCAUUACCAACGGAGACACAACUCACUCCGACGGUCAGGAUGUAAACGGCGCCGACUCGGAUCCAACACAUGACUUAUCCGCCUCUGGCGACGGUCCAGCACCGUCCGAUGCCGCAACCUUGGGCGAAGGGUCGAGUAUUCAUGGAAGCGACUUUGCGAUUGAAAUGUCACAGGAUGGCCUUAACAAUGAACGCCUCAGCACCUCCCUCUCCGACCAAACCCUUUCCAACCAAUCACUCGCCAGACCAUCCCGCACAGAAGGUGAUAGAGCUCCAGGGUGGCCUGGCGUCCACGUAGUUGUAGACGCACCGCAAGGGAAGAGAAUUGCAGCAGACUUCCAAUACAACCUUUCCUCAAACAAAGAUGAAGUCUCGAAGAGAGACUUGCGCGUCAGUCAGAUUGCAGUGUACAAUUCCCAGUAUCUCGACAAGCACGAUCGCAAGAUCGCAGUCAACGAUCACAUUAUUACGUAUGCUGUCGGCGGCCACAUUCGCGCUAUUCUCCGAAGCUCCACUGUUCGUGCACUGUUGAAGGGGCAUCAAUCUACUGUCGCUGAUGUUGAAUUUCUUUACGCUCAAGAGAAAGCAGUAGACCCGAACUCCGGCGGCGGUAUCUCUAUCCUCGGAUCAGUAGCUGAUGACGGCUCUGUCUAUGUCUGGAAGCUUGUAAGAAGCUCCAAAAGCGAUGAAGAAACCCUUGAAGUGGCCGAUGCGAUUCGGUUUGAACAUCCAGACAUUAACGAUGGCCGCUGCUAUCGAAGAAUAGCUUUCCGACCAGGGCCAAACUCAAUUAUUGCCGAGAAUGGGGUUGGAGUUGCAAUGAUUUUAUUGGAUGGAAGUUCUGCAGACGUGCGCGUCGUUGAACUCGUCAAGAUGAACGACAAGAUGAUGGUUCGAGACAAGUUCUUGAAGUCACACAAAGAGCUAGAUGGCAUCAAAGACAUUGAAGAACCUGCCCCAGUGGAUUCUGCGGCCUGGCUGUCUGAAAGAGUGAUCGUCACAUCCCGAGGCGGCAAGGUUUUCCUGUGGAAUGCAGACAGCACCCUUUCGUCAUGCAUUGCACGGUUGCCACGAGACAAAACUUCAAAAAUCUCAUCGAUCUAUUCCCUGAACCAAGAUACUUUGUUGUUGGUUGUUGAGGGAGGGAGAGAGCUAGAAGUUUGGGUUGUAGCGGGCUUGGCAGCGAAGGAAGUUUCCAUAUCUAUUGAACUGCGUCAAUCCAUUCGGCUUUUCGGAGAUGACCUGACAGACCUGUAUACCGUGGCAUCUGUGGACCCACAUGAGCAGCUUGUCAUGCUCUCAAACGUGAAGGGACACUCAUUUUUCGUUCUUCAUUUCAACCUUGAGGCUCAUGCGUUUGAUGCGAUCAGUGAAGUCCCCGUGAAGCAAGCCAUUCUAUCUCUCUGUAUGACUCGAAACAAGCGCACUCCCUCUAAUACGAUAGGUGGACAGGUCUUGGAUUCAGACCCUGUCGAGGAGCUCGGAGUGUGGUGCGUUCAACCACGUGGUAUCCAAUUAAUUCAUUUGCCCGUGAAGGACUGUGGUCCCAGGACUCUGGUUGAGCCAGAGGUUUAUCCGAAGUCGAUGCAAAGUUCGGUCAUAAGAAAACCGGAUAGAAUGAUUCCGAAAUCAGAAGUGCCGACUGUGUUACAACCGUCCUCGUCCGUACCCCGAGACAAUUAUGGGGAAGGACUUCCACCAAGCCAAACUGUAACUCCUAGACGGGCAGCGAGCGCAUCGUUCGAAAAAAGGUCUGCUCGUGGAGGGGGAACACAAAGCUCGGUGGACGGCGUGCGGCAACACUCUCGGAGUACGCCUCAAAGUCCCGUGGGCACACCACGGCUUCCUCAAGGAAGUGAAAGCACGAACAAGCCUGACUUGGGAAAACCGAGCCAACCACCCCCAAUACCUUCAGUACCCCCUCAGCACAUUCCAGAGCCGGUUGCACCAGUCGAACCAGUCGUGAAUGCGAAUGAUAUUGCGGAUAGCAUUUUAGAGGCCGCCAAGAAGACUCUAACGGCCUUCGACGAGGGGGCAGUGCAGAGAAACACUGCUGACAAGGCGAAAAUGGAUCGUCUUAUUGAAUCUGUAACAGAAACUGCGAAGACCAACCUCGAACGGUUUGUGUAUUCUUCCAUGAAAAAGAUUUUGGCUGAAACGCUGAUUCCCGGGAUGUCCAAAAUUAUUGCCGACAUGCGAGUGUCGAUGAAGGAGAACGCGAAGAAGGACCACAAAGUGUCGAUAGACUAUUUUGAUCAGGCUCUUGAGAAGUCAAGCAUCAAUUCAUCGUUUACAAACGCUUGCCAAGAAAUGGAGAGGCAAGUUGCGUCGUCAGUAACUCAGUCCAUGGCUUCUAAGUAUGAUGCGAUGGUCACACCAGUACUGAGCGGGGUGAGCGAGGCGACAGAGGACUUAACAGCAAGCGUACUGCUGCUGCGGAAGCAAAUAGGGGAAAUGCAAUCCGGGGGAGCACAAGGAGUGACGGAGAUCGGAAUUGAGGAGAUUAAGAAGACGAUCGAAGAAGAAAUUCAACGAGGGAACAUUGAUGGCGCCUUCCAAACGGCACUAGAUAAGGCAGAUCUGGCACUUGUAACAUGGCUUUGCAAGAAGUUUGAAGUAGGAAGUUUCUUCGAGACACACACACUGUCACAGGAUACACAGAUCUCGUUGGCGCAACAGCUUGGGCACGGUCUGUUGGACGGAGAAGUAGAAUUGAAGGUAGAGUGGCUUCGAGAGUUGAUGCUGGUAUUAGAACCAGAAGCUGAGGAGUUCGAUGCUAUCGUGGUAGAGACGCUCAAGCAACUGACCGAAAACGUGAACCAACUUCGCCGAGACAAGGCGACUCUGGGCCAGCACGAUGGACUAGAGAAGAACCUGAAAACUUUAAGCAGGCUGAUUGCAUCACAGAUCCCCGGCAACUAG